CAGGAGGAUGCCAGCGGUGGGGCGGGCUCCCUGGCUGCUUCGUAGUGCCUGCCAUCCAGGCUGCAGAGUGCUCAGCGACACCCAGAAGCUGGGCGCCCUCGAGCCUGCCCUGCCCACUGGUACCUAGCCACAGAGUGAGGAAACCCGCAAACGAGUUGGGAAAUAUUACGGGCGACCUUACCGCCGUCAGCACCAUGGACAACGCACGCGGACAGCCCUGGGCGCGUCUGGACGCCGCUGGCUUCUGGCAGAUCUGGCAGCGCUUCGACAAGGAAGAAAAAGGCUACAUAAGAGAGACAGAGCUGGAUGCCUUCUUUGACCAUUUGCUGGCAAAAUCUGGUGCUGAGGACACUCUUAUGGAAGAAAAUGUGCAGAGGGUGAAGCAACAGUUAAAGACUGUCCACAGUGUCUCUAAAGAAGGCGGCAUUCGCAUGCAAGAGCUUGCCAGUAUGUUCUUAUCUGAGGAUGAACAUUUCCUCCUGUUCUUUCGCCUGGAAACUCCCUUGGAUAACAGCGUGGAGUUCAUGCAGAUUUGGCGCAAAUAUGACGCAGACAGCAGCGGCUUCAUAUCAGCUGCCGAGCUUUGCAACUUUCUCCGGGAUCUUUUCCUCCACCACAAAAAGGCUAUUUCCGAGGCUGAACUGGAAGAGUACACCAGUACCAUGAUGAAGAUCUUUGACAAAAACAAAGAUGGCCGUUUGGAUCUUAAUGACUUGGCAAGGAUUCUGGCUCUUCAGGAAAACUUCCUUCUCCAAUUUAAAAUGGAUGCUUCUUCUACAGAAGAGAGGAAGAGGGACUUUGAGAAAAUCUUUGCCCAUUAUGAUGUUAGUAAAACUGGAGCCCUGGAAGGCCCCGAGGUGGAUGGAUUUGUCAAAGACAUGAUGGAGCUGGUCCAGCCCAGCAUCAGCGGUGUGGAUCUUGAUAAGUUCCGGGAGAUUCUGCUUCGCCAUUGUGAUGUGAACAAGGAUGGAAAGAUCCAGAAGUCUGAGCUGGCACUGUGUCUGGGGCUGAAAAUGAACCCCUGAUCCCCGGCUGCUCUGCUCUCUGCUUACGUGUCUGUGCUCUUGCCAUGAGAAAUGUGUUUGUGCUUUGCUCUCGGGGACCCAGUCAGCAAACCUUCUCACUGAUGGGCAGAGGGAGGGACCCUAAGGUACUGCUUCCAGAGGCAGCCAUGAUCCUGCCCCACGAGAAGCCCCCAUGCAGCUUCUUCUGUCUUCUCUCCUUGACCUUGGCCUGUCUCCUCUAGAGCCUCAGUUUACCUGCUGGUCUUGCUCUGCUCCACUGCCCCCUUCACCUGGUGGAUAGGGGUAGCCUAAGCUACCUGUUUGCCCUUGAGCUUUCUACUCAGAGUAUCACCUGUGCUCUGCUGUCACCUCUACAAGUAUGUCUUCAUGUGGAAGUAACUCUGUAGUCAAGAAUAAAGAUGUGUUUGAGUCAGAA